AUGAACUCACUAUCAACACUAUCGACGACUGCACCCUUGCGGGUUGCUGCACGGCCGCAGACUUAUCUCUUCCUGGCCGUUCGCACAUACUCCGGAAUAGCGGCCACGACGAUCAACUCUUCAUGUCUCGCCAGACAACGCUCUUCACCAUUGACCUACACAUCAAAACGCCUGAUCUCCUCAACACCUCAACCCAAGAUCAAGGAAUUCUUCCCACCUCCGGCAAACCCCGCAGUGAAAGACGUGACACCGGCAUGGUCGCAUCCAAUUUAUACCGAGGCGCAGAUGCAAAACGUGAGAAUCGCGCAUCGCGAAGCCACCAACUGGUCCGAUUGGGUUGCCCUGGGCACCGUUCGCUUCUUCCGAUGGGGUAUGGACUUGGUGACGGGAUAUAAACACCCACAGCCGGGACAGGAAGCAUCGGAGAAGUUUAAGAUGACGGAGCAGAAAUGGCUGACCCGAUUCAUCUUCCUGGAGAGUGUGGCGGGUGUACCUGGAAUGGUUGGUGGUAUGCUGAGACAUCUUCGGAGUUUACGACGCAUGAAGCGUGAUAAUGGAUGGAUCGAGACCCUCCUCGAAGAAGCAUUCAACGAGCGAAUGCAUCUCCUUACAUUCCUUAAACUGGCCGAGCCCGGCUGGUUCAUGCGCUUGAUGGUGCUCGGCGCCCAGGGAGUGUUCUUCAACGGCUUCUUCUUGUCGUAUCUCAUCUCCCCACGGAUCUGCCACCGCUUCGUGGGCUACCUGGAAGAAGAGGCAGUGUUGACAUACACACGGGCCAUCAAGGAACUCGAGGACGGCCAUUUGCCCGAGUGGAAAACGCUCAAGGCACCCGAGAUUGCAGUGAACUACUGGCAGAUGCCGGAGGAUCAGCGCACGAUGCGAGACUUGUUGCUCUAUAUCCGUGCCGACGAGGCCAAACACCGCGAGGUCAACCAUACGCUGUCGAACCUGGACCAGGCGGCUGACCCCAAUCCCUACCAGACGGAGUAUCAGGAUCUGAGCAAGGACCAUCCUACUCGGGGGAUUGAUAAUUUGAAGGCGACGGGAUGGGAGCGGAAGGACAUUUUUUAG